UCCUUCCUCACCUGCGACUUUGCAUGGCGCUAUGGGGAGUCGCUGCCCCUAUGUUGCAGGCUGGCAGCCGCUCCAGCUUAAGACCCUCCGCGCAGAGGCCUAGGCGGACCGCGAGACCACACGGCCCCAGACGGGCCUCCAGCCGCGCGCGCCGGUUCGAAACCCCUCGGAGCCAUCCCGCGCGUCACGGGCCGCCUCGAGCUGCCGUUGGCUGGCGAGUGUCACGUGCACAGAGUGGCUCCGGCUAUUGGCUGGCGGGCCGGGCGCGCGCAAGGCAGCGCCGGCGACGCGGCGUCAUCGGGUGCCGGGCCGCCGAGUGGCCCGUGCGCGCGCCGGAGGGAGCCGUUGUGUGGCGCGCCCGGCGGGGAGUCUGUCCCGCUGCUGGCGGCGCGGCCGGGCCCGGCCUUAGACGUGCGAGACCGACCGGCCGGCUCCUGGGCUCCGAAGCCGGAGAGCGAGCGCGCCAAGAGCAGACAACUAUGGCUGCAGGAGUCUUGCCGCAGAAUGAAAAGCCAUAUUCCACUUUGGUGAAUAACAGUGGGUAUGCCGCUGCAAACAUGGAUGAAAAUUCAGAACGCCCAACACCAAAGUACACAAAGGUGGGAGAACGUUUACGGCAUGUUAUCCCUGGACACAUGGCAUGUUCCAUGGCAUGUGGUGGGAGAGCAUGUAAGUAUGAGAACCCUGCACGCUGGAGUGAGCAGGAGCAAGCCAUAAAGGGAGUGUACUCCUCCUGGGUCACCGACAGUAUCCUGGCCAUGGCUCGCCCGUCCUCUGAGCUGCUGGAGAAGUAUCACAUCAUCGAGCAGUUCCUCGGUCACGGCAUAAAAACAAUCAUCAACCUUCAGCGCCCUGGUGAGCAUGCCAGCUGUGGGAACUCGCUGGAACAAGAGAGUGGUUUCACAUACCUUCCUGAAGCCUUCAUGGAGGCCGGCAUUUAUUUCUACAACUUCGGAUGGAAGGAUUAUGGCGUAGCAUCCCUCACUGCCAUCUUAGACAUGGUAAAAGUGAUGACAUUUGCCUUACAGGAAGGAAAAGUAGCUGUCCACUGCCACGCAGGGCUUGGGCGAACAGGUGUUCUAAUAGCAUGUUACUUAGUUUUUGCAACAAGAAUGACUGCUGACCAAGCAAUUAUAUUUGUGCGAGCAAAACGCCCCAAUUCCAUACAAACCAGAGGGCAGCUGCUUUGUGUACGGGAAUUCACUCAGUUUCUGGCUCCACUCCGAAAUAUUUUCUCUUGCUGUGAUCCCAAAGCACAUGCCGUUACCCUAGCUCAGUACCUGAUUCGCCAGCGUCAUCUGCUUCAUGGUUAUGAGGCACGACUUCUAAAAUAUGUGCCAAAGAUCAUCCACCUGGUUUGCAAGCUCCUGCUCGACUUGGCUGAGAACAGGCCAGUCGUCAUGAAGAGCAUGAUAGAAGGACCUGGACUCUCUGCUGAAAUUGAAAAGACUGUGUCGGAGAUGGUUACGAUGCAACUGGAUCAAGAGCUACUGAGGCAGAGCAGUGACGCACCUGACCCGUUUCACCCCACUGCAGUGGUGGCCGAGUUCGAGGAUCAGGAUGUAAGCCUUUCUAAUGAGCAUGACCUUGACCCCCUCUGGAAAAGGAGGAAUGCUGAGAGUCUUCACCCCCUGACACAUCUGAAAAGGCAGCUCAGCUACAGUGACUCAGACUUAAAAAGGGCCAAAGCUAUCCUGGAGCAAGGGGAGACACCUUGGACAGUACCUGCCCAGAACUUGCUAGACCACAGCCUCCAGCAUCAGAAGCAUAUCAGCCAUUGUUACAUGUCACCGACUCCAGAGCUAGGUUUAAAUAAGGAAGCAUUGGUUCACAGUACAUUUUCUUUCUGGACUCAUUCAAAGUGUGGAGGCUUAGAAGGACUCAAGGAUGAGGGAUCACCACUUUUCUGUAGGAAGGACAUUCCAAAGGAAGUACAGCGGAGCAGAACCUUCUCUGUGGGUGUUUCCUGUUCACACAAUCCUGGAGAACCAGUGCCACCCAACUUUGCAAGUAUCCCUAGGGGUCCAGAGCAAAUCACUCACUGUCGGGGUGAAGCUCCUUGUGGUUGGGUUCCAGGCUCUGUUCAGGGGGAAGGGAGGACUCCCUGCAGCCCUCUAAACUGUGGCUCCUCCAGUCCUAAGGCACAGUUCCCACAUGGACAGAAAAUCCAAGACAGCACCUACCUGUCGGAAGCAAUGCCACAUGCUGGUUUGCAGUCUGAACUGAGCACUGAAGCAAGGAGAAUAUUGGCAGCCAAAGCCCUUGCAAAUUUAAAUGAGUUUGUGGAAAAGGAGGAAGUGAAAAGGAAAGUGGAAAUGUGGCAGAAAGAAUUGAAUUCCCGGGAGGGAGCCUGGGAAAGAAUAUGUGGUGAGAGAGACCCUUUCAUCUUGUGCAGUUUGAUGUGGUCUUGGGUGGAGCAACUGAAAGAGCCUGUAAUCACCAAAGAGGAUGUGGACAUGUUGGUUGACAGACAAGCAGAUGCUGGUGAUGCCCUGUUUUUACUAGAGAAGGGUCAGUACCAGACCAUCCUCUGUGUGCUGCAUUGUAUAGUGAGCCUGCAGACAAUUCCUGUGGAGGUGGAGGAAGCGUGCCUUUCACAUGCCAUCAAAGCUUUCACCAAGGUUAAUUUUGACUCUGAAAAUGGACCAAUAGUUUACAACACCCUGAAGAAGAUAUUUAAGCACACAUUGGAAGAGAAAAGAAAAAUGGCAAAAGACAGCCCUAGGCCUGGCCUCUCCUGAAGCUUCCUUCUCUGGACAAGUAUCCGUCCUAAGGGUCCAUCCCACCUAAGGGUGGCGCUUCUGCUCCCGUGUGGACGUGGCAUGCCGGCACUGCCCUUCCUUGCCACACUUUGUUGUCAACGCUGUGUCUCUUGUGCUGAGAAUAGUGGUUCCUUUUUAGAGUAGUUAUUUAUUUUAAAAUAUCCUUGAGCUGUGUCUUGAAAACUUGCCAUAAAGUUGGUGCCACUUUAUUUAUUUACUGAAUUAAUAUAGUUGUACUGACAUUUUAUGUAUAUUUGUGUCCUUACUCUUUUUGACAUUUUGAAGGAAAAAAAAUAACUCUUCCUUCCAAAACAGUUAUUUUCUUAACAGAACUCUUCCUGGAGUUUCUACCAAAUAGAUCAUUUUAGCAGUAAAACCUUACUAUAUACCCCCCCACGCCAGGCAUAUAUGUGUCCCCUUCAUCAGAACUAUGACCUAAGAAAGUCACCAAGUGUCUUAAAAUGUUUUAUAUUUGUUACUAAGAAGGCUAUUAAUACAUUUUAAAGAACUUUAAAAAACUUUGAA